AUGCUGCUUCUAGCCCUCACCCUCUCCUUCCCACCACUGCAGCCCAUAGCAGCCCCACUCUCUGUCCUGGGAACAGUGGCCUACGUCAUCUCCUUCGCCAUGGCCCUCACCCUCUCCUUCCCACCGCUGCAGCCCAUAGCAGCACCGCUCUCUGUCCUGGGAACAGUGGCCUAUGUGCUCUCCUUCGCCAUGGGGGCCGGCCCCGUGCCCGCGCUGCUCCUCCCGGAGAUCUUCCCCUCCAACAUCCGUGCCUCUGCUGUGGCAGCAGCGCUCACCACGCACUGGCUCUGCAACUUCGUUAUAGGCCUCUCCUUCUUAGGGUUUGUGAAGGUGGUGGGUGUGGCGGCGGCGUAUGUUGGGUUUGCGGUGGUGUGCUUUGUCGGGGUGGUGUUUGUGCGCUCGUGUGUGGUGGAGACCAAGGGGCGGAGCUUGGAGGAGAUUGAGAGGGAGCUGAUUGGCAGUGAUGCGUAG